AUGAUGAAAUCUAUCAAUGUUGUUGUUGAUGAUCAAGAGACUGAUAUCACAGACGAUAUUGAAACAUUUCUGAAUGAUUCCCCAGCUGAACCUUCUGAUAAAAGUAGUGAGAGUGAGUCCACCCAGGCUGAACCUAAAGCUGAUCAAGGGGUUUCUACUCCCCUUGCUCAAAUCUAUUCCCCUUCUGAGGUUGAACAACCUAGUGGUAAGGGUGAUGAUUCCUCCAAUUCUGAAAAGGCCUUGGCUGCUGAAGGGUUACGCUCUCUAGGGCAAACCGUGUCUGACAAAGGGAAAUCUAUGGCCUUUAACAGGGCUAAUGCUUCCCACUCUGAGAAGCAUGAUGAUGCAAAUGUUGUGAUUGAUCUAGAGGAUGGUAGCUCUGAUGAUCAAGAGGAAAGCUUGAUUCAUCACAUAAAGCCAAGUGUGGCUAAACGCAUGAAGACUCGCAAAGGAAAACCUGUGGCUGAACUUAUGUCAGCUAGAGAAGCUAAGAAGAGUGCAGUCAUUGGUCCCUCCAAACCAUGUAGCAAGGUUGAAAUAAAGAAGAGGAAGGUUAGGGAUGAUUCUAAGCCUGAAAAGGAUGUUGAGGAAGAUGUCCCUAACAUCUCACCUGCGAAGAAAACUAUUGUUAGGAAGUCUCCUGUUAAAGAUGGAGCUGCUAAGUGGAAAUUUGUGAUUCAGAGAAGGGUAGCUGUGGAAAGGGAAUUGGGAAAAGAUGUUGCUGAUGUCAAGGAGGUCAUGGACCUGAUACAAGCUGUUGUGAUUUUGAAGAAUGUUGUUGGGUUUUCUCAAUGCUACGAAGGUUUAGUCAAGGAAUUUAUUGUUAAUAUUCCUGAGGAUAUUUAUGAUAAGAACAACAAGGAGUUCUGCAAGGUGUAUGUGAGGGGCAGAAAUAAUGAGGGUGUAGGAGAAUUAGAGGUUACAGACAAUCAGGUCUAUAGGGAGAUUACAGCUAAGCAGGUGAAAGUUUGGCCUUUUAAAAAGCAUCUUCCUGCUGGGAAGUUGACUAUCAAGUAUGUUAUCUUGCAUAAAAUAGGAGCUGCUAACUGGGUCCCUACCAACCAUAUCUCCACCAUUGCUAAUACUCUUGGGAGGUUUAUUUUUGUUGUUGGGACAAAAGUGAAAUUUAACUACGGUAGAUAUAUGUUUGACCAAAUCAUCAAGCAUGCAACUACUAAUACAGUUAAGCUGCCAAUUGCUUUCCCCUUUAUGAUCUGUGGAAUUAUCUUGAAUCAACAUCCUGGUAUUCUGUGCUCAAAUGAUUUACCUAGUAGGAGAAAACCAGCUCUGUCUGUGCACUACAAACUCUUUGAAGGCAGUCAUGUCAAGGAUAUUGUCAUGACAUCUGCCAUGAGGAGGCCGGUCUCAAAAGCUGGAGCAAUUGCUGAGCUUAAGGAGACAUGCAAAGAGCCAGGUGAAGGGAUUAGGGUAGCCACAGCUAGAAAACAAUCUUUGGAAGCCUUGAUUGAAAGCUUGGAGCAGGCUGAGGUUGAAAAUGUUGAACAUGCUAAUGUCAGCCAUGAAGAAGAAGCUGAAGCCCACACCUUUAGUGAGAGGUCUGCUAACAAUGAUGAUGCGAGUGGCAAUUCUGCUUCUGGUGCUGCUGAAGAGGCUGCAAAAACAAGCUCUACUGAGUAG